GUCUGAGUUUGCAGCUGAGUGGGCCACAGCAGCGCGGCUCUCUUAUAUAACUUUAAUGAUACCACGGCUUUACCCCGGCGCAUACAUAGGGGCGAUCGGCGCACCGUAGAUAGUUUCGAUUCGUUAUGGAUUAAUCCUGGAGAUUGGGAGCGACGGACUUUUUAUUUCUCUUUUCUCCCACCACCACCACCACCACCACCCCCCUCUCCUACUUCUUCCCCCUGCUGCUGACGAGGCGCAUUAAAAGUUGUCGACGGAUCCAAGAGGCUGCGCACAGCGACGGCGUUGGGGCUUGAGUUAGAAAUAUCGCGGCGAAUGUUUUCCUGUCACUCGGACGGAGACGCCGCCGCACGCUCCUCUGGUAUUUCAACGCGAAACUGCAGCGCAAGAACAAGUGGGCUUUAUUCUACAGCUUGAUCCGCUGGACGUCGCGUUAUUUCCCGCAUGUUUAUUGCCGAACCAACUUGCUCUGACGGGAGAUGACCUAAUCGGUGGAGUUUAUUCACCCCCCUUUUACAGAAUGACGAGAUGGAUCAAGGUGGACCAAAGCACAACGGUAAUCAGAACGACAACCUUACAUUCGCGGGGAUAGGACCUGAAGUAGGCAGAGAUACAGUUGGCCCGUCCGAUUUACUGCUUCAAUCCGCGAUGCAUCUGCCCAGUCCCGGGUCUAUGAACCAGAGCACAGUGGCACCGAAUGGACAAGGGGGAACCAAAGACCAGGGGGAGCUUGGAGGCCUCUUUGAGUCAGAUAAGGAGGGUAAAAUGAGCAGAAUGCACAAACAAGACCAGGAUAUAUUCAUGUAUGGGGACAGCUUGCCGUUGUUGAACCAGAGUAUUUCUGAUCUCGACCCGACAUCUACCUCUGUCAUCAACACGUCGGAAGCCUCCAUCUUGGGCAACCUGCCUUUGCCAGACUUGUUCUCCCAGCAAAUUAAGCAGGAGGGGAUUUUCUCCCUAGAUAAGGAAUUAGGAAACUUUGGCGGACAAACGGGCGCCGGAGCUUGCAACUUGGAUAGCAGAAGCGCUUCACUAAUCGAUGACGCAGAUAUCUGGCAAGACCUGGACCUUCCGAACUCUCUGCCAGAAAUCAGUGCUUUUGAGUUGGAUUCAGAGGUGGCCCAUUUGGAUACCAUCCUGCAGGAGAGUGGCAGCGGUCCUGAAAAGUCCCUCUUGGGUAACGGGGCAAACUGCAUUGCUUUGAAUGGCACAGAGCAGCAGCAGCAGCAGCCUCCACCCCACCUGGUGCAGCACCAGCAGCAUCAGCUUCAGCAGCCUCCGGCGAUGCUUACCAACGUCGUCAUCAAGGAGGAGAAGGAUCCUGACUUCAUCCACAUCCGUACCCCUGGUGUGGUCAAACAGGAGAAGCAGGACGGUUCCAGUUACUGCCAGUCCCAGUGCCUGCAGAGUGGCAUGAGCCCGCUGCACGGAGUCGGAACAAUGCUGUCUCCCUUGGAUGUUGGUGCGGGAACUGGGUACCACUACAGAGCCAAUCCCGGCACCGCGGGCUUACAAGACCAGAAGCCCUUUAGCACAUACACAAACCUGCCAGGAGUUGGGGAGGGCUGGAUAGGCGGGAAGAGGUAUGGAGAGUCCUCUGGAAUUCAGGGCACCAGCGAUGGCCAUCCGUCUGCCGCAGCUUUGGGGAACUUUCCUGUCAGCUUUACAAGCUCAUCAGUCAGAACAGGAGAGAACAACAGCACUUCAGUGACGGGCCAGUCCAAGCCCGGCGGGCAAACCCAUAAGAUCUGUCUGGUGUGCUCUGAUGAGGCAUCAGGAUGCCAUUACGGGGUAGUAACCUGUGGCAGCUGCAAGGUGUUCUUCAAGAGGGCCGUUGAAGGAUGGAGAGCACGGCAAAACACAGAUGGUCAGCACAACUACCUGUGCGCAGGAAGAAACGACUGCAUCAUUGAUAAGAUCCGCCGGAAGAACUGUCCAGCGUGCCGCUUCAGGAAAUGUCUCCAGGCCGGAAUGAAUCUGGAAGCGAGGAAAAACAAGAAGCUUAUCAAGAUGAAAGUGCAGCAGCCGUCCAGGCCCUCGGAACCUGCCAGCAACCUGCCCGUGCCCAUCAUACCGAGGAGCAUGCCCCAGCUGGUGCCCACCAUGCUGUCCGUCCUGAAGGCCAUCGAGCCUGAGAUCAUCUACUCGGGCUACGACAGCACGCUGCCGGACACCUCGUCUCGUCUCAUGAGCACCCUCAACAGACUGGGAGGCCAGCAGGUCAUCUCUGCCGUCAAAUGGGCCAAGUCUCUGCCAGGCUUCCGUAACCUGCACCUUGAUGACCAGAUGACGCUGCUGCAGUGCUCCUGGCUCUUCCUCAUGUCCUUCAGCCUCGGCUGGAGGUCCUAUGAGCAGUGUAACGGCAGAAUGCUCUGCUUCGCCCCAGAUCUCGUCAUAAAUGAAGAGCGCAUGAAGCUGCCUUUAAUGGGCGACCAGUGCGAGCAGAUGCUGAAGAUCUGCAACGAGUUUGUCCGUCUGCAGGUGUCCUACGAUGAGUACCUCUGCAUGAAGGUCCUGUUACUGCUCAGUACAGUACCAAAAGAAGGCCUGAAGUGCCAGGCGGUUUUUGAUGAGAUCAGGAUGACUUACAUCAAGGAGCUGGGAAAAGCCAUUGUGAAGAGGGAGGAGAACACGAGUCAGAACUGGCAGCGAUUCUACCAGCUAACUAAGCUACUGGAUUCCAUGCAGGAGAUGGUGGAGGGUCUCCUGCAGAUCUGCUUCUACACCUUCGUGAAUAAGACCCUCAGUGUGGAGUUCCCAGAAAUGCUGACAGAGAUCAUCACCAACCAGAUACCAAAAUUCAAAGACGGGAGCGUCAAACCUCUGCUGUUCCAUCAGAAGUGACGGCCUUGAACUGUGAAUCAAUGCCUUAAAUCCCACCCUCCUUCGGGCCCUUCUGCACCAGUUCUGUAUUCUGCCUUCCCCUAUUAUUCUGGUCCAGUUUCUUGUUUUUUUUUUUUUUUUUAGGAAAUUCAGUCUCACCCCUUACAGCCCUGGUCUAUUCAAUCUAAUCUCAGAAAUUACCUAUGGCCUCAAACCUGCCACCACUGACUGUAGCCCGCAGCCUCUUGGUUCACCAAGAAGAAUUUGAAUGUUUGUUGGGGUUUUUUUUUUUUUUUUUGUCUUUCUAAACCCCCUCACCUCUGGACCUCGAACAUUUGUUUCUAAAGAUGUCCUUUUGCCUCUCACUCGCUCCUGCCGCCAUCACUAAAACCAUUUCCUCAUGCCGACGGGUCGCCAUGCUCGAUCCGCUCCACAGCCUGGUGUUCGUCCGCUCGUCUGCUCUGCUCCUCGGGCGCUGUGAAUGUCGGUCAUGGUCUAGAGACGAAGGAGAGACACAAUGGGGGGGGGCUUUGACGUGAAAGAACCUUACUUUUCUUCUGGACUCCUGGAUGAAAAAACAGAAAUGGAUAUGGAUCUGGCACAUUUACUUGACCAAAAGAAGAAAAAGAAGAAGAAAAAAAAUAAAUAAGCGGAGCCGCUUGAGGAUCCUUCUUCGUGCGUUUUUUUUAUGCAGAUUCGUAUCGCGCCGAUCACGCGUUCAGAGCUCACACCAGGCGUCGCAUUCAGUACGAGCUGACACAUGUUUACACAGGAUGUAUCCGAGGGAAAACUAGUGCCUUUUAGUUUUUAACGCUUGUCAUAGCCAUCAUUUACAGAUCCGUAUUUUUUAAAAAAAAUGUUCAUCAUAUUUUUGCCUGGUUUUUAGUUGGCCCAUGCUGGCUCCUUCUUUUUUCUCUCUUUGAAGAUGACUUUUUUUUUUUUUGGUAUUUGUAAAGCGGGACAUCCUCCCUCUCUGUUCGGAACGUGCGUCUGUGCACGAAACAAAAGUCAGUCCAGCAGCUUGAAACGCUAUUACUCUCAUGUCCAGGUCUUAAAAAAGUUUAAAGAACUAGUAUGUUAAAGUUAAAUAUACAAUUUGUUUUUCACCUUGUGUCGAAAGAUGAAGUAUUGUCUCAGUAAAUACUUUACCUCACUAUCGUGUAGAAUUUCGGUGCAAAUCAAAAUAGUUUUGACCUGAGCUGAGAAAGGCUACAAAUUGCUGUCAAAUGGUGAAUGUUUGGAAAUAGUUGCUAUUUUGUUUUCCCUUUGUAGGUAAAUUUAUACCAAUUUGGAUCAAACUGGGACUGCAAAACAACAUGAAAAUAUCCAUUUUCAGUGGGUGCUCAAUAUUAUCCAUAAUCCUUCAUAACAACCUGGCUUGAAAAGUGUGUCCUGUCGUUUCACUGCCAGCAGGUUUCACGCUCAGCUUGUUGCCUUUUUUAAAUAGUUUCACAUAACUUGAAAAAUUAUUUAGGGUUAGUGAUAAUAUCUAUUUUUUUUUUUUUAAUCAACCGAGCAAGCUAUUCCUGGCCCAGUUUCCUUCGUAGUCUUACUUGUCGAUUUUGAUUUGGAGCGAUUAAUAUUUUUACUCUAAAGACAAUAACAUAAAGAGCUGCACUGUACGGCAGGUUGCUUGAUACAUGAAGUAGUUUUGUAUCCUAUAAAACGUAUAAGUAAUUACAAGAUUAACCCUAUUUUUGCUUCAAGGCAAAUUUAAUCAUUUUAUUUUUUUAAUUUUAUUUUUUUUAUCAAACUCAAAGCAACGCAUGCAGUUUUUUGUUUUUUUAUGUAUAAAUAAUAAAAUCUGAAUUGGGCUACUUUACUCAGCCCAGACAACUGGAAAUGUUCCAUAAAUCUUUGAUAUUGGAUCUCUAUUUACCUGAACUAUGUAACAUAUUGAAAAGGAAACAGUUUUUUCUAGUACAGUUUGAUAAAAUUGUAAAAAAAACAAAGCUAUUUGGGCCUGUUUUUUUUUUUUUUUUUUUUUUUUUUUUUUUUUCUUUCUCCCAGCUCAGAUUCAGGAAACGUCCUGCAUAAAAAAGUGGAAGAAAUCAUAAAAAACAAAUAGCUUUUCUGCAUCCCCUUAAAUAAUCACAAAUGUGAUUUAAAUAUACAGUUUAGAAAUAAAAUCUGCCCUUUAAUUUGUUCCAGAAUCUGCGCGCGCACCACGACAGGGAGUAUUAUUAAGCCCACCCAUUGCAAGACGCUACAGUUCAGUCCAGAUAAUUUGCUCGUUCUUUCUCAGGCGAUUGUUUCUUUACAUCAGUUAUUUUUGUCCUACUAGUGCCAAAUAUCAUGAGAGGGUUUUAUCUGUUUUUUUUUUGUUUUGUUUUGUUUUUUUUCAAAUAUCCUGCAGAUGUGAAGGGUCAUGUGUACAGUGGUGGUUUGUAAACUUUGCUUCAGGGUGCUCAGUCUUCAGUGUCACACAUAACACCAGCUUACUAUGAUCGGUUGUUUAAAUAAUGAUAUAUAUAUAUAGAAAUAUUUUAUUAUAAUUUUUUUUUUUUUUUAGAUUCAGGUGUUGCUCCUGUCUUUCAUGUGUAUAAAGCAUUCACACCAGCUUACAUAUAGUGGCCAAAUCUACAAUUCAGGUCUCAACACAACAGCAUUCACCUCCCUGCUCUACUCUCCUCGGUUUUUCUACCCAAGAUGUCGGCUUUCGGGGUUUCUACACUGUCUGGAAACGUAUCAAAGAAGUAUAUUAGGAAAAAUCUUUUUUCUCAUUUUCUGACCUUUAUCUUUUUCCCCAUGAACUACAUGUUGCCAUUCCUUCUGCUCUUUAACCUUGUGUCCUAUCUCCUUUCCUUGUGUUCUACCUUUCCUUUGUUGUUUUUCCAUCCUUCCUUGUAUCCUACCUCCUUUCCUUAUAUGUGCCUUUAAUGCCUUCCUUCUCUCCUUUCUUGCGUCCUACAUCCUUUCCUUCUAUGCGUUUCUGGUUUUCCCAGCUCACCAAUAGUUAAAAUAUCAGCCAAAAUCCAUAGAGAACUUUAAUGUUUUAUGAUUUUAAAUCAAAGUAAAAGACCGGGAACUCUGAAAAGUCGAGUCAGGAAAGGUGUCGAAUUUCUACGUGAACCUUGUGUAGGAACUUAAAAUCUGGAUUUUCAGCUCUUUACUUAACUGCAUAAAAAAAACAAACUAGCAGCUUUCUUCAAUUAAGAGCCAUAUUUUCUUUUUCUUUGAAGCUAGCCAAUCCCACUGGCUGAUUGUUGUGGUGCACAGGCGUUUCAGCUGUGGCUGUCUUGCUUUCAUCCCUGCGUGUUGAUCAAUCUUAAGGGGCUCUUAACCGAAUCCUCUCUUUUCGGGUGGCUUUGCGUACAGUAUUACAUUCGUUUUUCAGGCAACGGCGCUUCUGGUGGCCAGCUUUAACGUGCAGAUGUAAACUCCAAGCUAUUACUUAUUAAGCCCCCGCCUACCCACCACCGCCUACAGAUGUAUAUAAUUAACGCCGACAUAUCCAGUGCAAUGCAAACAAUUGUCUAUUAUAAAAAAUAAAUAAAUAUUUUUACAUGUCUGUCGGUCCGCACGACUUUCUUGUACCUUUCAGUUCGACUAAAGGCCUUGCAUAAGGGAGACAGAGAGCCAUAGAGAUACGAUUUUUAAAUCAGGAAAUACACAAAUAUCAGUGCUUUUGGAGAGUGAUCUAUUGUAAAAUAAAAAUAAAAAAAAAUAUUUUGUGAAUUUUUUAAAAUAAAAUGCAUCAUCCUGAUCCUCUUUGAUAUAACUAAUUUUACGCGAUCAUUUUUGUACAUUAAAUGAGUGGAGAAGGUGAUCUUGUGUUUUCCUGCUUGUCGGUUUGUGUUUGACAAAGGUAGACGUGAUGAAUACAUUAGGAAGUGUUGAACAUGUCUGUCUUGUGAAGUAAAUGUUCAUUCUACAAGUCUGUGGACAAGUCUAAGCGAACGCUCACUGUUUUUUUUUUUUUGUUUGUUUGUUAAAUAAAAGUAAAUGAGGAAGAUGAGAGGCAGAUGGCUGUUGGAACAACCAACUAGAGAAGAUUUAUAUUUAAAUUCUUAUUUUGCGCUAAACAACAGUGACCAAAGCGGAGGGGAAAAUGAAAACAAACUAAAGUAAUCGAGCAGUUACAAUUUGUGUAGCACCUACCAGCUUACUUCUUAGCACUUCUGUUUUGUUUUUUUCCAUGUCUUUUUUUUUUGUUGUAAUAGGUCUUGGCUUUGGAUCUCAUGUAUAUUUCUGUAAGGAUUUUCUGGUCAUUUUAAAAUAAUAAAAAAAACAAAAAAAAAAAAAAAAAAAAAAAAAAAACAAGGAAUAGCUAAAUCUCCACGUGAAAGUAAAUUUUCCAGAGCCUGACAAAAUUGCACUACCCUCACAUUGGUUGUCACAGUCUAUUUCGUAUAAAAUACAUGCAAUUAUCUUUAAACAUUAAGGGCAGAUCAUGUUUCACUGGUAUACAGAGCUAUGGCUUUCACUGAAGUCUGUUUUUGUUCAUAUUUCAGAUAUGUAGAUGUAAUCAAAUGUAAAAAAAAAAAAAAAAUACAUAGAUAUAAAAAAGUUUAAAAAUGGUUUAUAUUUACACUUCUUCUGUUUUCAGUGUCAAUAUUUCCCCCUAUUUGAUUAAAUGUUGAAUUAGGUUUUUUGUGUUUUCAUUUUUUUUUUUUCGUUUUUUUUUUUUUUUAACAUUGGAUUUGGCAUUGUGUCAGAUGAUGUUUCUGUCAUCUCUGGUUCAAAGCGGAAAUGUGGAAGAACUGAUUUUUCUUUAGUUCAAACAUCUUACACAAUAAAGUUUCCUGUUUUUCAACACUGA